AUGACACAAUCAGCACUCAAAGGUCAGAUGAGAAAAAGAAAGCACUCAGUCAGUCAGUCAGUCUCAUUGAAAAGCACAGAAACCAUAGAAAGGAUUACUACCAUGGUUGUCGUUACGGAGUUUCAGAAGGUUGGAAUUGGCCUGGUGGGAUUUGCUUUGUUUUUUCUGCUCUUUGGUGUAUUGCUCUACUUUGAUUCUGUUUUGCUGGCCUUUGGGAACGUAAGCAGUUUUCAAUUGGACACUUUCUCAGAUCCAAUCGGGGGCUCAGUCCAAAAUAUGUUUCAUUCUUCCUUGUGUCUGCAGAUUCUCUUUUUGACAGGUUUAACGUUCAUCAUAGGCUUCAAGAGGACCUUUCACUUCUUCUUCCAAAGACACAAGUUCCGAGGCUCCUUCUUCUUCCUGGGAGGUGUGUCGCUAGUGCUGUGCCGUUGGCCCAUCAUCGGAAUGCUCGUGGAGGGGUACGGCUUCGUCCUUUUGUUCAGGUCUUUCUUUCCAAUGGCCUUGGCAUUUGUGCUGUCAGUGGUCAACAUCCCAUUCCUCAAUGCUUUUUUGCAGAGUGGUUCCAGCAUGGUCUAAGAGAACCUUUCACUGAACACUGAAGGGAUGGAUCAAACGUUGGUCAGAUACUGGAGGGAGAGACUCUCAACCACUUCAUUCUUAGUACCUUUCACCACAGUAUUCCAAAAUGACAGUGUAUUUACUCCAUGUGAACUACUACGUGCAGUACAUGGUCUAACUGGUGUAGUUGGAUUUCAUUACCGCAGUCGAGUGUGGUUUGCAUUUGUCUUUGCCGCUGGACUUUGAGUGGCUUCGAUGAUAGGAAUAUGCGUAUCAUUCUCACGAUCUGAAAAUGAGCUCAUCGUUUCCGGGCAGCCGUCCUCAUCCUGCUACCGGGGAAGGAACGUGCAAAUGGUUAGCCCGUGCAAAAGAAUCAUAAUUGACAUUCAAAGAAGGCGGAAACCAACAUUCAAUGCAAAAACUCAUUUUGCGCACAGUUUUGCAAAAUUCAACUUACUUAAGAUUUCCAUUCGACAUGACCAUAUGCUUUCCUGACGGGUUGUAUGCACAAACGCAGCACGUGUGUACGUGUGUGGUUGUUUUCAGGGUUUUUGUACUAUGAACUUUUUUUGUAGCUCUUCGUAGAGUCAUUAAACAAACGUCAAGGAAUCAUUUUUAAAAACA